AUGUAUGAUGGCUUAGGGAACAAGGUAGAGAGUAUGGGUAAUAAGUGUGAGAACAUGAACUCUCAAAUGAAUAUGCUUGCUAACCAAUUAAGUGCAGCCAAUGCUCAAGCCUCUACAUUACCAUCCAACAUUGUUACUAAUCCUAAAGCUAAUCUUAAUGCUAUCACAUUGAGGAGUGGCAAGGAGUUGGGAGAAAGAGUGCAAGAAGACAAAAGACAAGGGAAGGCCGAGAAGCCCUCUUUAAAUUCUUCAAUUGAUGUUAAUGUUUUUAGUUCUUCUUUUGCUCCUAAUGAUGCAUCUUUUUGUAAAGAUGAUGAGGAUGAAAACAUUGAGGAGAUCAUAUGUGAGCAACCACCAUCUAAGGUGAAAAAGGGGACUAUGGCCGAGUUGUUUGGUAAGGAAAAAGAGGGAGAGGCCGAGCAAAGUGAAACAAGAAAGGAGAGUUCAAGGAAGGAAGAAGGAAAGCAAAGUCAAGAGAUUAUGAAGAAGCUUCCUUUUCCACAAGCACAAGUGGUCCCUAAGCAAGUAAAGGGACAAUUUGAUCAAGAGGUAUAUGAUUUCUUCCAUAAGAUUCAUGUUAAUGUACCCUUGAUGGAUGUAGUUAAGAACUUUCCUAAAUAUGCCAAAUUUUUGAAAGAUUGUUGUACAAAUAAAAGAAAAUUUAGGCCUAAUGCAAGGGUACAAUUACCCUCAUCUGUGAGUGCUAUCAUGAAGCCUCAACUCCCUAUAAAAUAUGAGGACCCCGGUUUCUUCACAAUUCCAUGCAAGAUUGGCAACACACAUUUUUCUCAUGCAUUGAUAGACUUAGGUGCAGCUAUUAAUGUUAUGCCUCUUUCAAUUUAUCAUGCCUUGAGUCUUGAUUGCAUAUAUAAGACACCUAUGAUAUGCCAAUUAGCGGAUAGAAGUGUUAGAAGACCACAUGGAGUAGUAAAAGACUUGUUGGUUUGUGUUAAAGGUCUAUUAUUUCCUGUAGAUUUCUAUGUGCUUGAUAUGUCAAAAGAAGGAAGUGGGGAUGAUAUUUUGAUUUUAGGAAGGCCAUUUAUGAGGAUUGCCCGUACAUUGAUUGACAUGGAAAAAGGUAGUUUGAUUUUGAAAUGUGGAGAGGAUCAUGUUAUUUUUAAUAUAUAUGAAGCAAUGAAACAUCCUUUUGAGGAUUAUUCUUUGUCAGGUGUAAGUUCCAUUGAGUUAUUGCUUCAUGAUGCUUGUGAGUCUCACAUGCUUGAUUCUUUCUCACAUGUUGAUGAUGAUUUGUCUCUUGUUACUACUACAUGCAUUGAUGGAUGUAGUUGUCCUAUUUGUUUAGAGAUUGAUGCAUGCUUGAAUGAUGCAACUACUUCUUCUCAUGAUUUGUUUAAAAUAUCUUCUAUGUUUGAUCUUGAAAUGCUUGAGAAGGGUAUAUCUUCUUGUGUUGUAGGUACUAAAGCCAUUAAGGCCGAAUCUAUGAGUUUUUCUCCACUCGAGCUUGAUGUUCUUAGGAUUCCCAAGCUAUUGGAGGAAAAUUCUACACUUUCACAUAUCGAGGCCGUGGCUCAAGUCCAAGCACCUGAGGACAAGUUGCAAGAAAAGGGGGAGGCUAUAAAGAAAGAAGAGGAUAAACCAAAUCUUUAUGAGAAGCUUCUGGACAAAGCAGUGAUCAGGGCAAGGGAAAAAAGUGUAAAUCGAUAUAGUAGUUUCAUGAUUGCAAGACCUCUUAGUUUAUGUAAUGAACUAACUUGAUGUGAAUAUUGUAUAUAUAUAAGUUGUCAUAAGAGAUUGUAUGCAUGUUUAA